CUCUUCCUGCAGGAAAUACCAUCGUCAUGAGACACCGGCUCGCGCAUUAGAUCAUGUUCAUCGCACGUUCUCUACUGUUAGAUGCUGGUGCCUGCUGGUCGUUCUACAUCUGCUUGUCUUCCAAGAUGUUGGCUGAUAACCAGGACUGUCCCAGAGGAAGCCAAACAGGUCAACGCCCCGAGAAGGCACACGAGCGUCACGUGAUCAUUUACUGUGCCAUCCUGUCGGGGAUCAUCGCCGCCGUAUUGGCUGUCGCAGUAUCCAUCAAGCUUCUACUUAGAAAACACGAGACAUCACGUCAAGACACCUUCCUUACUUGUGACACCCCCGCCGGCCUCACAUAUGCCCACAUGGUCACACGGCUACUCAACCGCUCUGCCGACCCAUGCACGGACUUCAAUAACUUCGUGUGUGGCAACGGUGGUUCCCUCCCCGCAUGGAAGUCUGUGUUUCAGGAACACGUGGAGGAAUUUGCUCUUCGUGUAGGGAACGCCUUGGAUUCCAUCGGUUUUCCACAGAGUCACCAAACGCCAGUUCAAAAAGCUGCUGGACUCUAUCAGUCGUGCAAAGCGGGGGCAGACGGAAAGGUGGACGAGCUGGAAGACUUCAAGAGAAUACUGACUCAGCAAGGAAUCGUGUGGCCACGUCGCGUCAUCCAUGGAGAUGCGCUCUCAACAUCGCUGCAUCUCCGAGGGACCUUGAAAGUUACCACAUUAUUGAGUAUACGCCAGUACACCACGAUUGCUUUCUCAUCGGUCACCUUGUAUCCUUCGCCGACGUUAGCCCAGUACGGCAGUCGUCGCGAUAUAAUCAUAGAGGCGGGGAUGCAAGAGACGUACUUUAAUGAUUUGCUUAACUUGUUCAAGAGCCCAAAUGACAAUGAGACUGAGCUUCAGAAGUACGAAGUCUUCGCCAGCAUCGAGAACGUAAUAAUUCAAGAUCUGCUACCCUACAUUGACGGAACUGAGUUGUUGUUGACAAACGUCGAAGAUCUGGCAAAACUAACGCCGGAAGUCAGUGAGAAGAGGUGGGAAAAACUUCUGAAGGCCGGGUCUGACAACCUACCUCUGCUUAUCGUCGUCAAAAGCCGAGCAUUCCUUCAAGCGUUCACCAAUCUCUUCAACAGCAUAGGGGAAGACAUGGUGGCCGACUUCAUCGGCUGGAUGGCAAUAAAUAGACUGGCUCCGCACGUGAACUUGCAACUCGCCACACUGUUUAAAAGAACCUUCGGAACUGCCAAGCAACUGCUGACGCGACGUUGUGUAGCGUUUACAGAGAUGUACAUCGGUUGGCCCACAUUCCUUCCCGUCGUCUCAGCCACCUUCACGGCAAGAACACUCCAGGAUAUUCACGGCAUCAUCGACGCCUUGGAUGAAGCUCUGAAAGGGGAACUCUCGAAGAACAAAUGGGCGAUAGACAACGGAACCACGUUGGACGUCAAAGAGAUUCACCGAACGAUGAAGUUCGUGGACAUGACGGAGGAGGAGCUAGAGAGGUCUUUCGCUGGCUUCAGUGACAUGGGUAUGUCUAUCACUGCGAAUAUUAUAAACGCCGCCAGGUCUGAAGACGUGAACAGCGAGUUCGACACGACUUACAUGCGCGACCGCAACUACAACCUGCUUGAAGGAGCAACCGUGCGACGUAUACCGCCUUACAUGGCCAUGUUGCCUGCGUACGACGAAAACGUUACGGCUGCUGUCAAGUACAGCGGACUAGGCAUGUCCUUGGCAGGAGCGGUCUUUGGCAAGUUUGAGAAUAAAUUCAGCGCGCGCGCCAAGGACUUAAUUGCCUGCUACGAUACCUCGCCACUUAUUACUAACGAAAUGCUCAGUUUCUACGUGGACCUCGCGGGCUCCCUAAGUGUCUCAUGGGAGGCGUUCCAGUCUGCGAAAGGAGGACAAGACCACCGCCUACAAGGACUCGCGGAAUAUUCCGAAGACGAGAUGUUCUUCAUCGCCUUCUGCCAUUCCCAAUGCAGCUCUGCUCGCUACAAUAACGUCUGUAACGAGGUGCUGCGCAAUAGCGUGAAGUUUUCUCAAGUGUUCCAAUGCGAGCGAGGAAGUCGAAUGAAUCCCGUAAAGAAGUGCAUCUUUCUAAAUUGAUGGAUUAUCCGCACAUUCAUCGCGCGCAAUACUGCGCAAUAUCAACAAGAUUUCCUGGAAAUGUACUAAAACUCUUCCGAUUAUUCCA